AUGGCCAGGAGAGCUGGCGCGGUGACGUUCGAAUGUUCCUCUUCAAGCCGCACCUGUCGGCUGUCUGUCCUUCUUAACUUGGUUGCAUUGCAUUACUCCAUCUCCUGCCUCCAAAUCCCGGCAUGGGAAGUUGUGGAAGCACUGAGGAGCUGCUGGAUCUCCGAGCGGCAAGUGUGUGUAAAAUGGUGGAAGCUCGGGAGAUGGUUCUAUGGAUUCAGGAUGAUGGACGAGACUCAUUCUCGCCACCUCACUCUUGCAGAGCUCGCUACCAAGAAGGGUAUGGAGGUUCUAGGGGUCCUCCACAGACCACAGAGUCCAUGGCCUCAUUCAAGCACACAAAGUGAUUGA